UUAAGUGCAAUGGGAGACAAUUAUAAUCAGCAAAACUUUGACCAUUCAAUUUCAUUAGUUUUGAAUGUGUUAAGAGAGAUCUAGAUCGGAAUAAUAAUACAUAUCGAGAUAUAGACUAUAGGUAUAGACUAGAUCUAAAAUAAAUCUAGAUUCUAGCAGCAGACAAUACCAAACAUGUCAUUAUCUGACAAAAUAUUUGAUGCAGCAAUCAUUGGUGGAGGUGUGGUGGGUUGUGCUGUUGUGUUUGAACUCAGCAGACAAGGCUAUACUUGUAUCCUACUGGAGAGAGCUCAGAACAUUAUGUCAGAAGCCAGUGCAGGAAACAGUGGCAUGUUGCACACAGGUUUUGAUGCUCCACUCCAUAGUCUGGAACAGCAUUGCAUCAAGACAAGCCAGAAGACUGUAUUUGAUAUAAUCAAUAAAUUCAACAUCCCUUACAGGAAAUGUGGUGCCACUCUUGUUGCUUGGACAGAAGAAGAGAAUAAGAAACUACCAGAUUUAAGACAACAGUCUCUUGAAGCUGAUAUUCAUGAUGUCAAUCUGAUGUCCCUCACUGAUCUGCACAAAAGUGAGCCCUACCUGCGCAAAGAGGCUGUAGGUGCAUUAAAUAUUCCAGGAGAAUGUGUCAUAGAUUCCUAUUUACUUGGACUCAGUUACGCUCAUCAAGCAAGAAUGCUUGGAUCAAAGAUUUGCACAAGUUGUGAAGUGUCCGAGAUGAGUCAAGGAACAUUGAUUACAAGUUUGGGACCCAUUCAUUGUAAAGUGACUAUUAAUUGUGCUGGUUUGUAUGGCGAUAUUGUGGAUCAAUUAGCAGGAAUUGAUACAUUUAGAAUAUAUCCACGUAAAGGCCAGUAUUGUGUCUUUGGUAAAAAUGCAAGUCCUUUAUUGAAUUCAAUUAUAUUUCCAGUUCCAACAGAAAAAUCCAAAGGAAUAGCUUUGUUUAACUCAGUCUAUAACAAUGUGAUGAUGGGACCAACUGCUCAAGAUUCUAGUGAGCUGUCCAGGCCUGCAAGUGAUCCUAAAGUUCAUUGGAUGUUAACUCAAAAAGCUCAGUGGCUCAUUCCUGACCUAGCUACAUUUCUGCCAGUUGGCCAUUAUGUUGGUGUAAGACCAGCCACCCAGUUUAAGGAUUAUCAAAUUAGAACUUACCCACACAAGAGAUGGAUAACAGUUGGUGGAAUCAGAUCAACUGGUGUGUCAGGCUCACUAGGCAUUGCUCAGUAUGUGUGUGAAAGACUUCAGUCAGACAUUGGACUAGAACCUGAGCGAGGUGCUACCAACCAUCUUUUGGAUAUGGCAUGGAGUUUUGGAGAGGAUAAAACAUCAGUAACAUUAAAUGGAUAUCAUUAUCCAAUAUUGCACCCUAUGGUUUUGUAUGGACAGGAUAGCAUGACAUCUAAACUUUGAUUUUUCAAUACUUGUCUACUUAUUUUUGUAUUGACUGACAUACAAAUAAAGAAUACAAUAAACCAGAAUGGCCAUUG